AUGAGUGAGGAGGUAGAAGGAAAGGUCUUAGCAGCCAUGGGAAAAGCCCGCCUCCUCAUUACUCAGAAGGUUGAACAGUUUCGAGGUCUAUGUCAACAAAAUAUCGAUGGUCCCAAAGGUGAAGAACCCACCAUAAUGGCUGCAGACCUAGCUGGCUUUUGGGACAUGGUAUCAAUUCAGGUGGAUAAUGUACACCACCUUUUCAAAGAGGUCAGUGUUCUGAAAACUAAGGGAUGGAAACAGGACCAAAAUGUAGAGACCACUAAUAAUGUCACCAUAAACCCAGUGAAGAGGAAACCAGCAAAGGUUGGGAAAAAAGCUGUGAAGAGUUGUCCUGAGGAACAAAAGGCACGAGACGAGGCCCGCAAGAAACUACUGGAGGAGAGACGUAGGGCGAUGAAGGAGGCAAUGAAAGCUAAACAAGCUCAGCCUGAUACAAAUGGCGUAGUAACUGAUGUAGAAAUUAUGGUGGCAGAACAAAACGUUGCCAAUUUGGAGCAUUUAGCAGUUGAAGAUAAGGAGGAAAGGACAAAGGGAGAUGAAUGUGGCACAGUUAAUGAGAAAAUCAAGGAAGUGGGAAACCAAAAGGAAGGCCACCAGUUCUUACAAAUAGUUGAAAACAAGGUUUCUGAAUUACAAGCCCUGAUAAACAAUGCCGAAUCUGACCUGGAAACCUUCACACCACAGAUGAGUGAGGAGGUACAAGGAAAGGUCCUCGCAGCAAUGGGAAAGGCACGCCUCCUUAUCUCACAGAAGAUAGAGCAGUUCAGAGGCCUGUGUCAACAAAACAUUGAUGGGCCUAAAGGUGAAGAACCUGCUAUACUAGCUGAAGAUCUGGCGGGCUUUUGGGACAUGGUAUCCAUUCAGGUGGAUAAUGUUUCACAGCUUUUCAAAGAAGUUAGUGUUCUUAAAGCCAAUGGAUGGAAAGAGAACCCAAAUAAACAGAACACUAAUAAUGUCACCAAAGGUCCUGUGAAGAGGGAACCAGUAAAAGUUAUGAAAAAAGCUACGAAGAUUUGCUCCGAGGAACAAAAGGCACGAGAUGAGGCCCGCAGGAAACUACUGGAGGAAAGACGGCGGGCAAUGAAAGAGGCACUGAAAGCUAAACAAGCUCAGCCUGAUGCAAAUGGCAUAGUAGAUGAUGUGGAAAUUAUGUUGGCAGAACAAAACAUCGCCCAUUUGCAAGAUUUAGCAGGUGAAGAUAAGGAGAAAAGGACAAAGGGAGAUGAAGGUGGCGCAGUUAAUGAGAAAACAAAGGAAGUAGAAAAACAAAAGGAAGGCCACCAAUUCUUACAAAUAGUUGAAAACGAGGUUUCUGGAUUACAAGCCCUGAUAAAUAAUGCCGAAUCUGACCUGGAAACCUUCACACCACAGAUGAGUGAGGAGGUACAAGGAAAGGUCCUCGCAGCAACAGGAAAGGCGCGCCUCCUUAUCUCGCAGAAGAUACAGCAGUUCAGAGGCCUAUGUCAACAAAGUAUUGAUGGGCCUAAAGGUGAUGAACCUGCUAUACUAGCUGAAGAUCUGGCGGGCUUUUGGGACAUGGUGUCCAUCCAGGUGGAUAAUGUUCACCAGCUUUUCAAAGAAGUCAGUGUUCUUAAAGCCAAUGAAUGGAAAGAGGGCCCAAAUACACAGAACACUAAUAAUGUCACCAAAGGUCCUGUGAAGAGGGAACCAGCAAAAGUUAUGAAAAAGGCUAUGAAGAAUUGCUCUGAGGAACGAAAGGCACGAGAUGAGGCCCGCAAGAAACUAUUGGAGGAGAGACGUAGAGCAAUGAAAGAGGCCCUGAAAGCUAAACAAACUCGCCUUGAUGCAAAUGGCAGCACAGAUGGUGUUGAAAUUCUGGUGGCAGAAAAGAGAAUGGCCUGCGAGUGA